AUGUCACGUCAAUUAUGCCGCGAAGACUACACUGUGGGAUGGGUGUGCGCCAUCCCGGUCGAGCUGGCUGCGGCGCUAGAGAUGCUCGACGAAGAACACGCAGCCCUCGACCAAGAUCCUCACGAUGAGAACAUAUACUCCCUUGGCUCGGUGGCCGGACAUAACGUCGUGAUCGUGUGUCUGCCAGUCGGGCGCAUCGGGAACAAUCCUGCGGCCGCUGUGGCGACGCAAAUGAAGGCUGCCUUCAAAGGUAUACGCUUUGGUCUCAUGGUGGGCAUUGGCGGAGGCAUGCCAAGCGCAGAAGCAGACAUCCGCCUAGGGGAUGUGGUAGUGAGUAAACCAGGCAAAACAUUUGGCGGCGUUGUACAGUACGACUCUGGCAAAGCUACUCCAAAUGGGUUUGAGAGGACAGGGUCGCUCAACUCACCACCGCACAUCCUGCUUGCUGCACUAGGCAGCGUGCAAGCGAAUAAGAUCCGGGGACGAAGCAAGGUUGCUGAGUACACCGCUAAGCUUAACCAUGUGCCCGAGUUUCAGCGCGAAAAGGCCGGGGCUGAUAUCCUCUUCAAGGCGACGUACGAUCACGAAGGCGGGCCUACGUGCGACAAUUGUAAGAAAGAGAGACAAGAGGUGCGGAAGGCGCGUAACAGCGACGACGAGGUAGUAAUACACUAUGGGACGAUCGCAUCAGGCAACCAGGUUAUGAAGAAUGCAGUGGAAAGAGACUCAGUCAGCGCAAAGCUUGGCGGCGUGCUUUGCUUUGAGAUGGAAGCGGCAGGCCUAGUAAACAACUUCCCAUGUCUAGUAAUCCGAGGGAUCUCCGAUUAUGCUGACUCGCAUAAGAACGAUCAGUGGCAGGCAUGUGCGGCAGCAGCGGCGGCGGCAUAUGGGAAGGAAGUGCUAUCAGUCAUUCCGCCAGCGAACGUAGCAAGAGCGUGCACAGUGGAAGAGACAGUUCAAGAC